AUGACGACGACGACGACGACCACCACCACCACCACCACCAACUCCCCCUUUCCCCUAACAGCCACCGACCUCCAAAUCCUCUCCACCCCCGACUCCGAAUUCCACCUCCUCACCUGGUCCGACCUCCGCACCAUCAUCUCCUCCAACGCCCUCGAAGCCCUCAAACGCCGACCCUCCGACCUCCACAAAUACCUCGCGUGGUCUCACGAGAUUAAAGCACAAUAUGGCGGAAUCGUACCAUAUGUGAUUCGGGAACGGCUGCGUUGGAUUCCAAUAGUACAUCAACAAUUAGAGGGAAAGGGACAGACAGCCGCGCCGAGAUUUCAGCAUUAUUCAAAAAUUCCAUUUCAAGAUCAGAGGGAUUAUGCGAUAUUGGUGAAUGAUUGGCCGUAUGGGUUUGUUGAGGGAAUCAGACAUUUGGUGGUAUGGAGUAAAACUCCGAUUGCAACGGAAGAUGUACAACGAGGAGGGGAUUUGACAGAGGAGAGUCGGAGGGUGAUUGAGGAGUUUGUGGAGAGGGUUUUUGUGAGGGGGUUGGAGGGAGAAGGAGGAGAGGGAGAAGGGGGGAAAGGAGGAGAUUCGGCGAGGGAUAGAGUAUUGUGGUUUAAGAAUUGGGUCAGUUUGCAAAGUGUGAGAGGGGUGGAUCAUGUACAUGUAUUGGUGAAGGAUGUUUCGGAUGAGAUGAUUGCGAAGUGGACGCAGAGGAAGGAUUUGUGAUAUGGGAGUUGCUGCUGUAUGUCGAACUCUCCUAAAGGCAGUAGUAGGUAUGUACCUAGUAGUACAGUCUAGCUAAAUGAUAGCUAUC